AUGUUAGCAACUACAGCACUAAACUCGUUAGUCAUGAAUCCAACAUCUAUGUUAGUAGAAAUGAAAAGCUUCAUUCCUUCUUCAUAUACUUUCGAAACAAAAAUCCAGAAGAUAAAGCAAGAACUUUUAACAAGUAAUUUAGACUGUAGUGCGAAAGAUGAAACAAAUGAACAGUAUCUUUAUGAAAUGCAGGACAUUAUUGACCAUUUACCCAAAUUGCCUGAAAUCCAACAACAAAAACUAACCAUUCCCGAAUUUGACGAAAUAGAAGUCAAAGCAACUGACUCAGUAGAAAUAAAGAAGUUCAUACGAAAGGUAAAUUAUGAAUUCCUUGGUUUUCAUUGCAACCACAAAGUCAUGGACAAAGAUUGCGACAUGGUAUAUAAGAACAUCUCUGACCUUUACAAAUCCGAAGAAUUUAAGACCUACGACAACUUUGUUUCGUUAGUUGCAAAAUGUGUUUGGGAAAUAAGAGAUAAAGAUAGUAGGGGUAAGGUAUGGAACGAACAAAUAAAACCCGCUAUGUUCGAGAUGAAGAAAACCAUUGACGCCUUGGUUGUUUUAGCAGGUAAGGUUUCAGAAUAUAACGCAAAAAUGAACCCGCAAUGUUCAAAAUGUAAAGCAGCAAUGAGGAAAUAUAACUACUCCGUCAAAGAGAUAGAACGUAUGCGAAACGACUAUGCAGAUUUAAAGAAAGAAGCAGAAAAACCAGCAGAAGAUAAAAUGAACAU